CUUUGCGGUCUUCCUCCUGCUCAGAUCCACAAUUCCAGACCAAAACUGAAAAAAUGGCUGACCUCACGGAGCUAAUGAAAAAUGAAGUAUUCAUGGCCUUUGCCUCCUAUGCAACAAUCGUUCUUUCAAAAAUGAUGUUUAUGAGUACUGCAACUGCAUUCUAUAGGUUGACAAGAAAGGUUUUUGCCAACCCAGAAGACUGCUCAAGCUUUGGCAAGGGAGAAAAUGCCAAGAAGUAUCUUCGGACAGAUGAAAGAGUGGAACGUGUACGAAGAGCCCACCUGAAUGACCUUGAAAAUAUUGUGCCAUUCCUUGGCAUUGGCCUUCUGUAUUCCUUGAGUGGUCCAGAUCUCUCUACGGCCAUCCUGCACUUCAGACUCUUUGUUGGCGCGCGAAUCUACCACACGAUUGCGUAUUUGACACCCCUUCCCCAGCCAAAUCGUGGUUUGGCUUUUUUCCUUGGAUAUGGAGUUACACUUUCAAUGGCUUACAGGUUACUGAAGAGUAGGUUGUACCUGUAAGGAGAACCAUACAACUUAUCAUCCAGUGAUUUUCUAAGAAAUCUAUACUUCCAAUUUAUAAUGAAUAUUUUUUAAGAUUUUAAGUGGGAAGGGAGCCGAGGAAUUAAGAUAGAGAAAGCCUCAUCUGAAUAAUAAUGUCACUCAUAUCCUUUAUUCUUGUUUUAAAAUGUGCACUAGAAAUUUAACAUAAUUUUUGACUAUUUUGUCUUAUUAUCAAAGUACUUUGUGGUAAAUUUUGAUUAUAAUUUGUAACAUUCAUUCAACAUGUUCUAUUUUUAAAUCUUUAAAAAUAGUAAGUACGUGUAUGUUAAACCUGUAUUUCAGUAUUUUCGAAAUGGGCACAUGAAAUAAAGAAUUU